CCUCGCCGCUAGUGCUCAUUCCCGCAGUUUUGGGUGACGCGACCAAGCCCCUCGGUGUCGUUUUCUCACCCUUGGCGCCCACGUUUCUCCACACCAAUCUUAUAAUCCUCAGCUCACUCGGGACGGGAUUCUACUUGACCAUCGUCUGCUAUGAUAAGUUGUGGAUAUCUCCUGGAAUCUCGAAUCCUUUUAAGAUGGAGUCGGCAGACUCCCUGACAUUGGCUGUUAUUUUUUUGUCGUGUUUUCUCAGUCUCGGAUCAUGAGGCUCUCAGUGUCGGGCCAUGUCGUGUCUGUCGUGGCCCAUGCCGGGAUAGCAUGGACUCGGUCCGCAGCCGGCGACUCUGCGGCUGCCCUAAAUAGCGAUUUGGAAGCGCUGCACCAGAGGGCUCCGUCUGGCGCCGUCUGUGGUGCAGCGGCUGGAAAUACGAGCUGUAGUUCUGGACUCUGUUGCUCGGAAACGGGCUUCUGUGGCACCGGUGCCUCCUUCUGCAGCGGCUCGGGUUGUCAGCUAUCAUAUGGGCCGGCGUGCGACGGGAACCAGACGCCACGGGGGAGCGACACGUCCAAAACCCCUCGGCCAUUGUUCGGCAAUGUGCCGUACGGAGUCGGCAUUAGCCACUGCUCCGUGACCGGCAAAGUCGCGCUCAGCUUCGACGACGGGCCGUACGCGUACACGAUGGAGCUGCUCGACCUGCUGAAGAGGAACAACGUGCGCGCCACUUUCUUUGUCGUCGGCAACAACAUGGGCAAGGGUCACAUCAACGACGCCAGCUCGGGCUACGCGCCCAUGAUCCAGCACAUGGCCGCCGACGGGCACCAGGUCGGCAGCCACACGUGGAGCCACCAAGACCUCAACGCCGCGACGCGCGAGCAGCGGCGGGCCGAGAUAAUCAGCAACGAGAUCGCUCUGGCCGACAUCCUGGGCGCCGUCCCGACAUACUUCCGGCCGCCGUACACGCGGUGCGGCGGCGCGUGCCUGGCGGAACUGCUGGAGUGGGGCUAUCACGUCGUCAACUACGACAUCGACACGCGUGACUGGCAGGACGGAGGCGCCGCGGCCAAGACAACGUACCAGACCAUCCUGGCCCAGCACAGCCCGGCCUCCUCAGCCUGGCUAGCCCUCGCCCACGACGUCCACGAGUUCACCGUGCACCGCUUUGCCCAGUUCAUGGUCGACACGGCCCGUGCCCUGCGCUACGACCUCGUCACCGUCGGUGAGUGCCUGGGCGACCCGCCGGCGAACUGGUACCGCGACCCCGUGACUGGCCAGCCGAUGGACCUCACCCAGCCCAGGCCCAGUAGCUCUUCGAGCAGCAGCCAGGCGACAAAGACAAGCACGAGCACGAAAAAGACGAGUAUCAGCACCAGCAGCAGCCAGACGACAAGCACCAGCACGAGCAAAACACAGACCCCUGUGACAUCAAAACCGGCAAUGGGCGCGACUUCUGAGCUCGAGCACACAACUGGUACUGAUGCAACGUCGGCGGCGACGGAACUGCUCUCCGUAGUAUUGGCGAGCGCGCUGGUGUCGACGUCGACUUCGUCAAAUCUGUCUGCUCUGCCGACGGCAGCGCUUCUCGCGGUGCCGAGUUCGGAUGCGGCGUCGAUGAUUUCCACUGGAGGAUUUUGUUGGGUUGUCGGGCAGAUACUCUUGAUUGCGUGGCUGGGGUUGGGAUUAUGAUCACGAGCGAGACGU